CCGUGCGGCAGUGACGGAUCCUUCCUGCGCUAUUGAGGCGCUGCUGCACGUGCGGGGCCUCGAGCGCUCAGGGAGGGCCGGCUCUUUUUAUUUUUAUCCCUUCCUUUUCCCUCUCCCCUCGGCUCCGCGGGCCGACAAGGGCUGGUGCCGCCGGCCUCGUGCUGCCGUCAGUCCAGCCCAGCGGGGAGAGCAGCGCUGCACGCCGAGCUCGGGGCAGCGAUUGGAGCCGAGGAAGCGCGGCUCCCCAUCGGGGCUGCGGGGGCCGGCAGCAGACGGAGGGGCCGUCCCGAUCCGAUCCGCACCGCCCCCGCCCCGCCCCGCUCCCGGCCAUGGCGGCGGCGUUCCGGGCUCUGCGCGUUCUCCUGGGGCUUUUCUUCCUUCUCGCGGGCGCCGUGAAGCUCUCGGAGCGGCUCUCGGCCGACGCGCACCGGCACAUGCAGGAGCAGUUCGUGCGUUUCGCGGAGGUGUUUCCCCUGAGGGACUUCGGCUUCGCCCCCGCUCCCGGUCCGUACCUGGCUGCCGUCGGUGCGGUGGAGGCGGCGGCCGGGCUGCUCCUGGCCUUCGGGCCGCAGCUGCUGCAGGAGAUCAGCAACUUCGUGCUCAGCGUCGUCAUGAUCGGUGCCAUCUACACGCUGCUGGCGCUGCGGGAGCCGCUGGCCAUGUGUGCCCCCGCCACGCUGUGCCUCGGGCUGCUGCUGCUGCUCAACGUCCGCGGGCACGGGGCCCCCGCCAAGGCCAAGGCCGAGUGAGCGGGGACGGAGGGAGGACGGCGCGGUGCUGGCGGGAGGCCGCGGCCGCCGGGCGCUUUUAGGGCGCUUGGAGCAGCGGCACCGCUCGCUGCGGAGCAAUGUGACGCUGCCGCCUGGUGUCCCGGCUGCGGGACGGACCGUGGCCGUGGCGCUGCCGCCACCGCGGUGCUGUCCUGGCCCUGGGCUGGGGGUGGCUCCUGGGGAGGGGCUGUGUUUUUUUUGGAAUAAAGGCUCUGGUUUUUUUUCA